GGGUUGCCCAAUUGAAGGAAACUCAGCAUUAGAUUGUUCCCAGACUGCCUCUACUCUCUCCCUUCAGCCCUCCUCGGGAGAGCAUUCGAAACUUCUUCGCUGAGCAGCGGUCAUCUGGGCGAAAACAAAAGGUGUGAAGCAUGUCGUCAGAGUUUUGGUUAAUUUCUGUCCCUGGAGACAGGGAAAACUUGCAGAUUUUAGAGCGGAUGAACAAUUUCACCUCCAAGUCCAACCUGUCCCGAAACACGGACUUCCUUAUUCCCGAUUUCAAGAUGGGGACCUUAGAUUCUCUGCUUAGCCUCUCAGACGAGUUGGGGGAACUUGGCCGCUUGGCCGAAAGCCUCAUGAAGAGAAUGACGAGAAUGACUCGGUAUGUUCUAGAACUGAAGGCAGCCAAGAAAGGUGAAGUUCAGGAGUACCUCUUUGCCGAUGGAGUCACCUUGGCUUCUUUUGUGACCCACUUUGAAUGGGACUUGACCAAAUAUCCAGUGAAACAGCCCUUGGGGGCUAUAGCAGAUACAUUAGGGAAGGAGUUGGCUCAAGUGGAGACUGAUCUGAAAAGCAGCAUCACUGCCUACAGCCAACUGAAAAGAGAGCUGGAGAACAUGGAAAAGAAAUUGCUGGGGAGUCUCUUCACUCGGACAGUGUCCGAUAUCGUGAGAAAAGAGGAUUUUGUAUUGGAUUCGAAAUAUCUCAUCACCCUUCUGGUCGUUGUUCCAAAGGCAAGUUAUUCUCUGUGGCAGAAAACUUACGAAUCCCUCUCAGAUAUGGUGGUCCCUCGAUCCACCAAGUUGAUUGCUGAAGACCAGGAGAACGGCCUCUUUACUGUCACGAUUUUCCAGAAAGCGAUUGAUGAUUUCAAAGCCAAAGCCACAGCCAACAAGUUCACAGUUCGAGACUUUUUUUAUGAUGAAAAACAAAUUCAAAGUGAAAGGGAAGAGCUGACCAAAUUGCUUUCAGCAAAGAAGCAACGUGAUCAUUCCCGAAGAGCUAAGAAUAGCCGCCCCUCUUCCUUCCUGGAUCGCAUUGCGAAAGCCAUCAGGUUGAGGAAGUGCUGGAAGCGUGGAACGAAAAAACAGACAGAGAAAGUGGAAGAGCUGGAGAGUGAGGGCAGCUGGAAGAGUCCAUUUCUGCACUGGCUCAAGGUGAACUUUGGUAAAACACUUCUUGUCUGGAUUCAUAUAGCGGCCUUGAGCAUAUUUGCGGAAUCCUCAUUAAGGUACGGCCUACCUGUGAAUUUUAAGGCAGUAUUGUUACAUCCCCAGAAGAAGUCCCGCAAACGUCUGAGGAAGAUUCUCAACUCAACUUUCAAACACCUGGAUGCAGUGGCAGCCAGUAUGGUGGAUACACCUGUGAAUAUCCCCGGAUUACAACUAAGUAACGAAGAGUACUUUCCUUAUGUCUGCUUCAACAUUAGGCUUAAAUUUCUCGACUAACUUUUUA